UGCAUAAACCCUUUUCUUUUUCAUCGUGGGAAGUUGACCUUUGUGUGUCAGUGUGACAUUUUCUUUUUUUCCUUUUUCCUUUUUGCUUAUUGUCAGAAUGACUAAUACUAUUUUAUGGAAAUAUCAUGACGACAUAACAUUAUCAGAAGAUAACUCUAUUGAAUUGACAACAGAGGAAUGUGUUAAUUUAAUAGCACUUGGGAGAACAGGCGAUGGUAAAUCAAGUCUAUUGAACGAUUUACUCGGCAAACAAGUAUUUAAACAAAAAGUAUCAGCCAAAUCUCAAACAAAACAAGUUGAGGAUUCAGUUGGCUUUUGGGCUCCACUAAAACCUUAUAUGCAUGGUAAAGACCAAUUUGGAUGUCAUAUCAGAGUAUUCGACACACCUGGCUUUGGUGAUUCCCAAUUUCAAGAUGAGACAUUCUUCCCAGUUAUCCAAAACACAAUCAAUCAUAUAACUGCCUAUCAAGGUGGUAUUCAUUGUAUCCUACUCGUAUUCAAGAUCACAGCCAAUUCAGAUACCAUCAUCAAAAGUAUGGAUGCCCUUCAUAGACUCAUGGACUAUAGAAACGAUUUUUGGGAUAAUGUCUUGCUUGUAUUUACACAUGUUGACAUUGUCAAUGGUGAUACUGGUCGUUAUCAAUCACACAAGCUGUCAUUGAGAACAGCAAUAGCAAAGCAACUCAAGGAACGAUAUCAUCUCGUGCAUGAUUUACCCAUGCUAUGGAUUAGCACUCAGAAAUAUUCAUGCUCUUAUAUUAAAGGUUUAGGUGACUGUGACUGUGAAAGAGGCGCGAGAUAUCAUGCAGAUUGUCGAAGGAGGUUGUAUGAGCAGGUCAUGAAACGAAGGCAUCGUCCUUUUAAGCUUAAUAUAGAAGAAGAAGAAGAAUAAAGUGGCUCUAUAUCAUUUAUACAGAGCAGUACCUCUAGUAUUCACAUAAAAAAUGGAGACAAAAUGUGCUCGCAUAUGAUCACCAGCUGAACAGUGACUACACACUUUCAAUGUGUAAAUGCUCUGUUACUG